AUGAUAUGAGUUUAUUACCGGAUGUUUAGCCUGGUUAGUGACAGCGGACGAUAAUGGCAGCGAUGUUUACGUGUUGUCUAGGCUGCUGCGGAGAUGGCGGAUCCGGGCAUAUUCCCCUCAAAGAAAUGCCCACUGUCCAGCUGGACACUCAUCACAUGGGCACAGAUGUAGUCAUUGUAAAGUGUGGUCGUAGGAUAUGUGGCCUUGGAGGCUGUCUGGCCAAUGCUCCACUUCACCAGAACAAAAGUUACUUUGAGUUCAAGAUCCAGUCCACUGGUGUGUGGGGCAUUGGUGUGGCCACACAAAAAGUGAAUCUUAAUCAAGUGCCUAUGGGCAGAGACACAAACAGCCUAGUCCUGAGGCAUGAUGGGACUGUGUACCACAAUAAUGAAGAGAAGAAUCGUCUACCUGCCAACAGCCUUCCCCAGGAAGGUGACAUUGUUGGCAUCACAUAUGACCACGUUGAGAUGAAUCUCUAUCUGAAUGGCAAGAACAUGCAUUGUCCCGCCUCAGGGAUUCGAGGCACUGUAUAUCCGGUUGUUUAUGUGGACGACAGUGCCAUCUUAGACUGCCAGUUCAGUGACUUCUAUCACACUGCUCCACAAGGGUUUGAGAAGAUCCUCUUUGAACAACAAAUCUUCUAAGGAAGCACUUGAGCUUCGACUCCACUUUACGUUGUCAUCCUGUAUAUCUUAUUGCAACCUCUGUGGCACUACAGUUCAACCUUAAUUCAAUGUUAUCUUCAAGUGUGGCUUGACUGCCUGUUCUUUGGUUUUACCCUGAUUACUCUUGCCUCUCUUCCGCUGCUCUGGACUGAUGAUGGAGUAUCCUUGAAGAAGUCCGGAUUUCCAAUCAUGGGUUGGUUAUGAAUGGCCUUCAGUCUUUGCUGAUGGAAAACUCAAGUUAUUACCUUCUGUCAAUGCUAAAUGAUCCCGUAUUAAACUGAAACACGUUCACUUGCUGCCUACAUUCUGUCUCUCUAUGUAGGUGCCUGGAUCGGAAGCCAUGUUUGAUUGGCAUUGUUUUAUGAACAUGUUUCUCAAUGCAUAUUUUCCCACCAGCUAUACUGGCAUCUCAGCUUACGCUCUAUAUUUAUUUUUAUUUAUUUGAAUUACAAAUGUAUUGCUUUGAAAAUAAAUUACAUUUUUUUCACCAUCUUGAAUCGAGGAUCAGCUUUAAAUAUGGAUACAUCAGUCAACAAUGUCUCCACAUGUUUGCUCUUCUUUAUUAAAAAACAAACACAAUUUAAGUGGGAUGUUGCAUGAUUGUUUAGAUUUGAAUUUGUCCAGACAGUGGGGUUUUGAAUACUAACUACAUUUGACACCAGGGCACAUUCCAGGGGGUAUCAAGAGUCUAUGAGUUUUCACUGAGGUAUGCUCAGUGCAUAUCACCUCUCUGAAAAGCCCUUUAGUUCACACUUUCCUGGAAUAUUUUUAAGGUGAUUUCUUCUUAAUAUCACCUUUCUCUGAUUAGAGAUAUGUGGGUUAAAAAUGUCGAUCUGUUGUGUUGUAUUGGCAUUGCAUAUCCUUUGCUGAAGUUAAAUAUUUCAACUGCUUAUCUUUGAUGAGUGAAGCUACUGUACAAGCAAAUCCAAAUAUUGUUGAUUCAAUAAACCUUUUGUGUCUUGAAGCAUC